AUGGCGGCGGUAGAAUUCGGCCCUCACGAGAAGAUGACGCUCGACGCGGAGCUGCUGCAAGUGCUAACCGCCGGCGACAAGGUCUGCAUGGAGGAGAUACUGAGCAGACAAGACCAUGGUGCCGGCCACCGCCGCCAGCAAACAGCCGCCCAGGGCCACGUCGCGGUAAACGUCCAUGGCGCGGCACCGGGCCGCUUUCUUCUAGGCGUGGCGAGCAACGGGAACACGGCUUUGCACCUUGUCGCCAGCCGCGGUCACGUCGAGCUGGCGACGCUCCUCUGCGAGAGGGCGCCCUCGCUGGCCGCCGCGCGCAACAAGUGCCUCGACACGCCGCUGCACUGCGCGGCGAGGUUCGGGCACGCGGAUGUGGCGGCUGUCCUCCUGCCGAGGAUGCGGGACGGCGCGGCGGAGGAGGAGUCCGCGCUGCGCGCGAGGAACCAGUCGGGCGCAACCGCCUUGUACGAAGCCGUCCGGCACGGGCGUGCCGGUGUGGUGGAUCUGCUCAUGACGGAGGUUCCCGAUCUGGCCUCCGUUGACGGCGACGAGGGUGUCUCGCCGCUCUACCUGGCGGCGUCGACUGACUCGCUCCAGAUGGUCCGCGCGCUGCUACGCCCGUCAGAAAACGGAACACCCUCGCCGGCGUCGUUUUCUGGUCCGGAGGGACGGACUGCUUUGCAUGCUGCGGCGGCUAGUAGCAGAGAAAUGGCUGAAGCAAUACUGAGCUGGGGGCCAGAAGGUCCAACGUUGCUAACCAGGGUUGAUUCGUCAGGGAGCACGCCUCUCCAUUUUGCAGUACUGUAUGGACGGCUUGAUGUAGUUGUGCUAUUCCUUGAUGGCCAUGCUUCGCUCGGGCUGGCUAGCAUUUCUGAUGGCAACGGGUCAUUUCCUCUGCACAUUGCCGCUAUGGUGGGACGAGCUAGAAUCAUGGAGGAGCUCAUACACCGAAUCCCUGACUGCUAUGAGAUGGUUGAUGGUAAAGGAAGAAAUAUUCUGCACUGUGCUGUGGAGCAUUGUCGGGUAACCGUGGUUCGCCAUAUUUGCCGGAAUGACAUGUUCUCGAUGCUGUGGAAUGCUACGGAUUCUGGAGGGAACACUCCACUCCAUCUGGCUGCCAAUCAUGGAUAUCCGAAGAUUGUCAUUUUACUACUGGAGACGACAAGUGUGGAGAUAGGCAUUACCAACAACGAUGGGACUAACUGCUAUGGAUCUUGCUCACCGUGCAAUAGCACCCGGCCGGAUAUACUAUUUCCUGGUAUUUCAAACAAGUCUUGGAUGCUAUUGGGGAGCUCAGAGGAGAGAUGA